AUGGCUUUCGAACUGAAACCUGCACAUUCGAGAGAUGGCACCAAGAUUGCCUUCUAUCAGAUCGGCCAGGGGCCGGGAAUCAUAAUUCUCCAUGGCGCGAUGCAACACGGCCUCAGCCACAUGGACCUCGCGAAAGGUCUGUCGGAUAGAUUCACUUGCUAUCUCCCUGAUCGACGAGGACGGGGACAGUCCGGUCCAACCGGGAAGAACUACUCGGUCCAGAAGGAAGUGGAAGACGUUGAAGCCAUCCAUCUAGUGACGGGUGCACAGUUCAUUUUCGGCGUGAGCUCGGGGGCAUUAAUCACACUGAGAGCGACGCUGGCAGCGCCUCCGUCGCACAUCCGGCGGAUCGCGGUGUAUGAACCACCCUGGCGGCCCGACUCAGAUCGAGAGGGAAUGACGGCGUGGGUACAGAGAUACGAGGCCGAGAUCGAACGGGGCGAGCUUGCCAAAGCUGCCGUCACUGCAAUGCUCGGCGCGGAGAUGGGGCCUGGGAUUUUCCGGUCAAAAUACUUCCCACAAGGUGCUUUGGUGCUCCUGACGAAAAUCAUGAUGACAUUAGAGCAGACGGGCAACAAGCCGAAUAAGGAGUUGGCCGGCGGAGAGAACACGCAACCAUCGGUCAAGGAUCUGAUCCCAACAUUCCGCAACGACAUUGAUAUCGUGAUGUCGAUGCUUGGAGAGGAAACCCUCCAAAAGCUGGCGGCGAUUCAAACAGAGACGCUUAUCCUGGGCGGAAGCCGGAGCCAGGCGUAUCUGAAGAACUCGGUUCGCGAGCUUGAAAAGAUCCUCCCCAACGCCAGGCGCGUCGAGUUGGCAGGUGUCGAUCACGGCGGGACGUUCAACAAAGCGCAACAUGGCAGUCCGGAAGUAUUCGCGGCCGAGCUCCGUCGAUUCUUUUCUCGUGACAAUGGCGACGGCGGCGGUGUAUUAGAAGACAACACCACACCACCAUGA